AAGCCGAAGAUAUUUAUAACUUUUCAGAAGCGCUUGAACGAAUUCGACAAAGUGGAGGUGAUUUGAUGAGAGAUCGUCAAGUUCAGGAAUUGCAUGAACGAGUCGUAGAUCUGAAAUCAAAAUUGACAAAGAAUUUGACCGAAACGAUACAAAAACAUCAGGAUCUUGUGGAUAUGCAUGAGAAAUUGUCGCAAGCCGUUAAAUUGUAUGACCGAUUAUUGGAUGAGAGAUUUUCAAAUUCGUAUGCGCGACGUGCAUCUACAAUUUCGUAUUCUAUACCUCAGCGAGUUACCUCAUCAGGGAUUCCUAGCACCGGAAAUGUUUAUCCCUCCGUUGCAUCUCCAAAUCAAACAUCAAAUAUUUAUCCACAUGCACCAUCUUAUCCAGUUGCAUCAGCUCCUGCAACAUCCCCAUCCUAUUACGCUGCACAGACUGUACAAUAUACGCAGCCACAAUCACGCGCAAUAGAAUCUGGAACCCAACAAACAGUU